AUGGGUUACCUGACCGACAUGCGCCUGCGGGGUGUAGAUGGGCUUGGGCUUCUACCCACUAUCCUCCUCAGUAUCUCCCUGUACGCCGUCAUCGAGCUUAACUGCAUCAUCCUCGCAACCUUUAAGACUCAGAAAAGCCUUUACUUCUGGAGCUUUGUUGUCGCAACGAAUGGCAUCGCUCCAUAUUCCAUUGGGACCCUGUUAAUGAACGUUUUGCGCUCCGACAAUCCGGCUCUAUACGUCACACUCAUAGCGAUUGGUUGGGUCGCAAUGGUUACCGGCCAGUCCCUUGUUUUAUAUUCCCGUCUGCACCUGGUCGUCCGCAGUCAGCUUUGUCUAAGGAUCGUCCUGACCAUGAUUAUUAUCGACAUCUUCAUUCUGCACGUUCCCAACAUCGUCUUGCUCUACGGGUCCAAUAUCAUUUCCAGCCCUGGUCUGAUUUUCGCCCACGGAAUCUAUGAGAAGAUUCAAGUCACGGGCUUUGCCCUCCAAGAACUUAUCAUUUCGGGACUCUAUAUCAAGAACUCCCUCGCCAUCUUCUCUGUACAAGAUUGCCUGAACGACAAAGCUACCCGCAAGAUGCGCAACCAUUUAAUUUGGGUCAACGUCAUAAUUAUCCUUCUUGAUAUUGCCAUUAUUUUUCUUGAGGCUGUUUAUCUCUAUGAUAUCGAGACUGCCUUGAGACCCUUCGUCUACAGCGUCAAGCUCAAGAUGGAAUUCGGCAUUCUUAAUCGCCUUGUCGAACUGGCUCGCGGCGGUCAUUUGAAAAGGAGCAACUUCGAGUUGGUUCAUAGCGGCGCCAAUGCGGAAAUUCGCCUCAACUCCUCAAAUGGCCAAACAAGUAAUCAAGGGUCUCUUCAUUGUAAUGGCAACUUCGGAGGGCGAUGA